AAAUAUAUGCGGGAGCCACGUGACGCCACUCGGAAGUGACGCGCGGUGCUCAAAAGAGUUGAGCGAAGCAUCUGGAUCAGAGCAGCGGCAGCAACGUCUCAUCUGACGGCAGAGGACAGAGGGACACUCGACCGCGACCCGUACAGCAUCUGUGAGAACGUGACCAUAAUGAAUCCUGUUUACAGCCCUUCCCCAACAGGGGUCCCCUUUGCCAAUACUAAAGGUUUAGGCUACCCAGCUGGAUUCCCUGUUGGCUACGCAGCUGCUCCAGCGUACAAUCCAAACAUCUACGCAGGAGCAAACGCAGCCUUCCCCAGUGGUUACGCUCCGGGCACUCCUUUCAAAAUGUCCUGCUCUCCCAACUCAGGGACAGUCCCACCAUACUCCUCCUCACCCAACCCCUACCCUGCUGCUGUCUACCCUGUCAGGAGCACCUACCCGCAACAGAACCCAUAUGCACAGUUAAUACCGUCACAACAGCAGGGCACGUACUACACACAGCCGCUGUACGCCGCACCGCCUCAUGUGAUCCAUCACACGACGGUGGUCCAGCCGAACGGGAUGCCUGCGGCCAUGUAUGCCCCGACCAUGCCUCAUCACCGCCAAAACGGCGUCGCCAUGGGGAUGGUAGCAGGCACCACCAUGGCCAUGUCCGCUGGGACUUUGUUGACAACUCCAUCACCAGCAUCUGUUGCCCCCCACCAGAUGCCCACAUAUCGGACUCCCGGCACACCCAGCUACAGCUACGUGCCGCCGCAGUGGUGAAGAGAGGGAAGCGUCAGGAGAUGGUAGAUAUGCAUUCACACUCUACUCCAGUGUUUUUUGCUCUCGGUGAAGACCUGCUCUGCCAGAGUUUGCAACCAGUUACUCCUCUUCCAGCAUAAUGUGAAUCUUAAAACCCAACUACAUACAGAGAGGGCGCCAUUCAGACAAGGAGGUGGUGAAGAAUCGGCCCUGUCCCCAUUAUCCUCUUCCCCUCUUCCCCUUUACGGAAUACGACUGCAUCCCACGCCACACCCCAGCGCCAGCACCUCUACGACCUGCUGCAUAUCUCACAUCAAACAGCCCCCAUGCAAACUUUUUUGUGGACUGUCAUGCAGGUUUUUAUAGCUUCAACUCUUUUAAGUGGUGAAAAGGGAGGUUUUUUUUUUUAUUUGGGGUACACCUAUGAUGUUGAAUGCAUGUGUACAUAUAGCUAUAUGAAGUAAUGCUAGCUCAAUCUACCUGCAGUGACAGAUGCAAAAUCAACAAAAAGGCACACAUCCAAAGGAACUAAAAAGAAAAGUAAUAAUCUCCGAUGCUGAAUCACCAGUGACCAUGUCUUAUAUGUGAAAUAAGAAAAGACGAGAAAUGUUUGUUCAUGCAAAAACAUACCUGCGCACUCCAGUGCAGACUAAACUGUGCUAUUUUCACUGCUUUGUGUUUUGGUGAGUGACGCUAGUUUUUAUUGUUUCUUUCAGCGAUGCGGCGUUAUGCAUUGUUAUGUGUUACCUUUUUUUUUUGGUAUUUUAGGAGAAAGAUGGGACUUUGAGUUUGUGCCUUCGACUGAUGGCCAUUCCAAUAAUUAGUCGCUUUACGCAUGUUUUAUUUUUUCUGCCCUGUUACACGUUUUAGGACAAACUGCGUUAACUUUUGCAAAAGUCUGGAGCAGCUUUUGAUCCCUGCUUGAAACGCUUUGGGUGACUUAAAGUAUUCACUUAUUUUAGCAACAAGUAUUCUGGGUUUGGGUGCAAGCAGAGGAUUUUUUUUUUUUUAAUCAUUUGCAACCAUUGAAUGAGUAGGAACAGAGUUGUGUGUGUGUGUGUGAGGGUGGGUGUAUGUGUGUGUGUGUGUGUUAGACGACUAAAAUAUAACCCAUUAAAAUAGUGCCAUACAGCUCAACAUGAAUAUUCAACCUACAUGUCAUUUAGUUCUUAGGUCUGAAGCACUACAUCUUUUAAUCGCUGCUAAAUGUGGACAUGUUAGGAAAUUAUAAUGAUAAUAGUAAUGGUCAAACAUAAAAUUUGUGAUUAGCACUACUGAGUAAAGGCACUAAUUAUUAAAAACAGUUAAGAUAUUUGACCUUUUUGACAUUGCUUACCUCAAGGUUCCAGGCUGACCCACCAACAUCACUGUUUCAGACAUGCUUUUCUAUGUUGCCUCAGUCACCUCAGUUUAACGAUCUGUUUUGUAAAUGUUACUUUUGUGAUUUUGGUUCGUGUUUUGUAUUCUAAAGAAAGACCAAAAAUAAAAACAAAUAUAAGAAUAA